GCACAGGCUCCCCGGUGCCCGCCCCUCCGUCGGGAGGGGGGCGCGAGCGGGUGGCCGGGGAGGGGCCGGCACGGCCGCGGCAAAAUGAGCCUGCUGUCGGCCAUCGACACGAGCGCCGCCUCGGUGUACCAGCCCGCCCAGCUGCUCAACUGGGUCUACCUGUCGCUGCAGGACACGCACCAGGCUAGUGCCUUCGAUGCCUUCCGGCCCGAGCCGCCCGCCGGCGCCGCGCCCCCGGAGCUGGCCUUCGGCAAGGGCCGCCCGGAGCAGCUGGGCUCGCCCCUGCACUCCAGCUAUCUUAACAGCGUCUUCCAGCUGCAGCGCGGAGAGGCGUUGAGCAGUAGUGUGUACAAGACUGCCUCACCCUAUGGCUCCCUCAACAACAUUGCUGAUGGCCUCAGUUCCCUCACUGAGCACUUCUCAGACCUGACACUCACCUCUGAGGCCCGCAAGCCCAGCAAGCGUCCCCCCCCCAACUACCUGUGCCACCUGUGUUUCAACAAAGGACACUACAUCAAGGACUGCCCUCAGGCCCGUCCCAAAGGCGAAGGUCUGACACCUUACCAGGGCAAGAAGCGCUGCUUUGGUGAAUAUAAGUGUCCCAAAUGCAAGAGAAAAUGGAUGAGUGGGAACUCCUGGGCCAACAUGGGGCAGGAGUGCAUCAAGUGCCACAUCAAUGUGUACCCACACAAGCAGAGACCCCUGGAGAAGCCGGAUGGCCUGGAUGUGUCUGACCAGAGCAAGGAGCACCCACAACACCUCUGCGAGAAGUGCAAGGUCCUAGGGUACUACUGCCGUCGUGUGCAGUGACCUCCAUGCCACUGCAGCACCCCCCAGCUGCCACCUCCCCCUGUGCGUGUCCCCUUGCUUGAGGCAACUCACAAGUCUGCAGGCCUAGGUGGCGGAUUCUCACGUCCUUGUCUUGUGUGCUGACAAACAGUGUGGCUGACACACUCCGACAGAGACAGGGAGCUCAGAGCUCUGUACCAUGGGCCUGGGUUCUGUGGAGGUGCAAAGGCCAGCAAAGGUCUUGGUGUUCCUGGAGGCUCUCUUUCCCAGAGUCUCUUUGGGGGUGAGUGGCCUUGCAUUGGCCACAAGUACACUAAAUGAACUGUGAAUCCAGAGGCCUGGGGUGGGGGUGGGGGGCAUCCCUCCAAGACCAACCAGGCCCUCUCCCACCCAGAAACUUCCAACUUGCCUCUUCUGAAAAGCCCCUUUAGGGAAGUCCUGUUUCAGUACUAAUCAGCAGCUACAAGGGACAGACACCUGUUCUAGUAGCUGCUGGGGUAUGGGCCUCUGUUCCCACCCACAUUGAGCCCCAAAUCUGACCCCCCCCAGAUAUCACUGCUUUGCACCUGGGAGCUGUACACAGCUCCCCCUCCCCCACAAAUGAGACUGGUGGGCAGAGGGCAAGGUGGGGAGGUAUUGAACAGUAGACAGUGCUCCAAAACAUCCUAGGGACAUCGGGCUGCAACUCCCAUGACCCCUACCAGACACUGUCCCUGCAGGCUUAGUUAGAGUCUAUCAACUCUAGUUCUCCCUCUUCCCCUUGGCUUCCCAUCCAUGCCAAGGUGCCACCCAACAAGGCUGCAAGCUUGCUCUGGCAAGAAGGACCCAGAUCUGGCAUUCUGGAGCUGCCUCGGUUUCCCUAUUAAGUGAGAAAGUGGCACCAGAGAGCCAAGAGGCCUGUGAGUUCUGGUGUUUUAGAAGAAGGCUGGCUGGGUCCAGAACAUAGAGCUUCACUGAGAGAGAUGUCCCUAAACUGCCAGGUGCACUGCCCUCCAUACCACUGUCCCUGACUGACCACUUAGGAAGUCAGGCUGAGCAAUGCCAAAUCCUCCUCUACAGCCCCCCUUGCCUGAUGUCCCCAUCCUCUGUGAAGACAGAAGAGGACCUCCUCCUCUCCCAGGUCUCCCAAGUUCCCUCACACUCAGCAAGUCUAAGAUGAGCCACAGAACCUCUCCUUUGGAAAAUGGAGACUAUGACUUCCUACUUCCUGUUGGGGCAGAGAGGUCUCUUGGCAUGUCACAUGGCCCAGGGGGAUUACUGUCCUGGCUAGCCUCAACAGUACACCCCCAACCCUGUGACAAGCCACACUUAACCCUCCUCUUCUGGGAGGAGAGAACUGGCUGCAAGGACUGAGUCCCUUGACUUUGCCCCAACACUAUGCCUCUAUGAAAAAAAAAAAUCAGACCAUAAAACAGGCCUGAAAUUCAAUGUUUACCACGGCUCAAGGGCACCCAUUGUGGUAUCCAAUUGCCCUUUGUUUUCAAAUGAAAAUGCUUUGUACAACUGAGGAGUUACAGUGAAGUGUUAACCUAGGGUCCAGAGAGUGAGUGAAGGAGAUGGAGCAUGUCAGCAGUCAUCAGGCUGCAGGGUAGAUUUCCAGAGGCUAUCCUCUGAGCACUUAACAAAAGAGUAUUUUUGGCAGUUCAUACUUCUAACUGACACCCAUGAAAAAUGGCAUGCUGGGCUGUAGACUGUGAGUACCUAGCCACCUCUGGGAACUAUCACCAAGGACUGCCAAGCCCAACUGCUGUGCUGAGGUGAGCUGGGUGACCUCAGAUCAAGCCUUCUGUCCCCAGGAAGUUGUUUCUGUCAGUCAUCCCACUGGGCCUCUUAAGAGAAUGUUUACAGCGGUGGGCAGUGUGCUUGUCUCCUUUAUGAGGACAAGCUGGGCAUGGGCACCCUGGGUCAAAGACUCAAAGAGUCAGGUUCCAGACUGCCGGAGGCCAGAGCCUGCAGGAGGUAGGACAUCACCUUUAUGGUCACUGCCCUGACAUCAGUACAUGGCCAGCCCCUCUUGCCUGGGGAAGUUCCUCUGUGGUCCUGCCUUGUAAUCCUCUGACUGGAGCUUCCUGAGACCAGAAAAAAAAAUACCACUACUUAGGCUGGGUAAUGUGAGAAUUAAGUGCUCAGAGGGCCUGGGGGUAAGAAAGUUGUGUGGUUUUAGUAUGUUCAAAAGGGACAAUCGCUUGCAGUCGGUAGAUCUAGCGAUCUAGCUAAGAGAGAAUGGGGUUUACCCCUUAUGAAGUAUUCAAUAGCUCUACUUGUGAAUUUGUAUUUAUUUUGAGUUAUACUUGACACAGAAUUCCUCUUAUAAAAAAAAAAACAAAAAUGCUAUGUAUGUAUUUUGGAAAAAAAUUCAUAGAUGUUAAAUUUUCUGCAUGGUUACCAGUUUUUCGUACAACACUGAAUUUGGGAGCUUCUCCAAAAAAAUGUCUUCAUAGUAAUUUUUUUUGUCUGUAUAUAUUUGAGGGUCUUUUUUAAAAAAAAAGAAAAAGAAAAAAGAAAAAUAGGAUUGCUUGAUACUUUUGAAAUUUAAAACAACAACAAAAGAGGCAUUUUUAAAACGUCAGCGCAUUUAGAAAGGCAAUCCAAUAUCAGAGAUUUCUGGAAGUGUUUUGCAAGUCUUCUGGGUUGAGCUGUGAGAAAAUAUUUAUGGUGAGAACUGCUCUCUUUUUUCCUGUUAGUUUUUUUUUUUUUUUCCUCUAUGCUUUGGUCUGUAAAAAGUAUGCAACUGAACUACAGUAAAAAGGAAAUAUUGUCUACAUAGAAUUAUUAUAUGAAGUUGGUACAUAAUUCUAAUCAGGAAAAAAAACCUUUGUAAUCCUUUAAGCUAUGUUGUUUUUCUAUAUUGUUUUCCUUGGAUGAAAAUAUCAGUAUUAAGUAGCCAGCCUAUUAUUCCAGUGUUUAGACUUCUUAAGAUGCUCUUGUCUUGUAUUUAUACAUUUGUGUAUUUUGGAAAGUAUUACUUUUUCUAGGGGAGCUAUUCGUAGAUACAUAGCAAAAAAGGGAAUGGUGAUUCUUUGUGCCUCCUCCUCAGAGGUUGAUACCCAGCAUUGUAGUCCAUUUUCCUGCACCUUCUUAUCUUGUUAUUACGGUUUUAUUAAUUUUGUAGGGGAGGGGCAGGGAAUGGGCAAAAGAAGAGGAAGCAUUGGAUGAAUCGGUCCUCGGUGGUCUGCCAUCCCAUGGGCCUUGUCAGCGGGACCCAAGGAGGUGCAAGGAAGCAGGAAGCAGGUUUCCUUCCUUCUUCACCAAGCCAUGCCUCCCAGCACCAUGCUGUUUGAACUUGGAUCUGUCCAGCAGAGCCCUUACACCUGUCCUCUAGCAUCUAAUGAACUUGAGUCUACUUUAAACAAACAUCUAAUCCAACCUCAUUACAUCGUAGCCAGAGCAGCAACUAAUGCUGAAGUAAGGGGUAAUGCAGCCUUCUGGCCAACUUCCCUAUCCCACCCAUGUGGUGACUGUGUCCUGUAUCUGUUCAUGUGUGUUCGUCCAGCUAGGAAGACAAACAGAACCCGUGGGCCCCGCCUGGAAGGUGUGUGGAGAAGGCUCCAACUUCCCCGAAGGGCCGGCCUCAGGGUGGCAUUCCGUUGUGUGCCUUAUUCCUGGAGACUCUGUAUACGGCUUGCCUAUAAAAAUAUAGCCUUUCCAAGCUGUAUUAAAAGGACUUUGGAAAGCAG